UGCCCCAGCCACUGAAUGUUUCUUGCUCUCCUCUCCGCCUCAGGUCCCGUAAGCAGUGUUUUGGUGAAUAGGUACGGGAGCCGGCCGGUGGUGAUCACAGGAGGUCUGCUGUGCUGUUUGGGGAUGGUCUCCGCCUCUUUUAGCACCAACGUGGUAGAGCUCUACCUCACCGUGGGAUUCAUCGGAGGUAUAGGUCUAGCCUUCAACCUGCAGCCAGCUUUAACAAUCAUCGGCAAAUACUUCUAUAAGAAACGACCCAUGGCGAAUGGACUUGCCAUGGCAGGAAGUCCUGUUUUCUUAAGUACCUUGGCUCCUUUCAAUCAGUACCUUUUUAAUACUUUUGGCUGGAAAGGAAGCUUCUUGAUUUUGGGAGGUAUAUUGUUGAACUCCUGUGUGGCUGGGUCCCUCAUGAGACCCGUUGGACCCAAACAAACUAACAAGGCUAAAAAUAAGAUUGGCAUAAAAGCAGAUGAAGCAGAGGCUAAGAAAAGCCAUAAGAAGUCACUAAGCGAAAAAAUUAAUAAGUAUUUAGACUUCUCUCUUUUUAAGCAUAGAGGAUUUCUGAUAUAUUUAUCUGGAAAUGUCAUUAUGUUCCUAGGGUUUUUUGCUCCCAUUAUAUUCUUGGCUCCGUAUGCUAAAGACAAGGGGAUUGAUGAGUAUUCUGCAGCGUUCUUGCUGUCUAUUAUGGCUUUUGUUGAUAUGUUUGCUAGGCCUUCUGUAGGAUUAAUAGCAAACUCCAGAUUUAUCCGACCCCGAAUCCAGUACUUCUUCAGUUUUGCGAUCAUGUUCACUGGAGUAUGUCAUCUCUUGUGCCCACUGGCAGAGGACUACACAAGCCUGGUGUUAUACGCUAUAUUUUUUGGCCUUGGAUUUGGGAGUGUUAGCAGUGUCCUCUUUGAAACUCUCAUGGACCUUGUUGGUGCUCAAAGGUUUUCCAGUGCCGUGGGACUUGUCACAAUUGUGGAGUGUUGCCCGGUUCUUCUUGGCCCUCCUCUUGCCGGUAAAUUGGUGGAUGAAACUGGACAAUAUAAAUACAUGUACAUAGCCUGUGGCGCCAUUGUGUUCCUAUCCAGUGUGUGGCUGCUCAUUGGUAACGCUAUAAACUAUCGAUUGCUUGCAAAGGAAAAGAAGUUGGCAGAAGCAGAGAAGAAGAUACAUAAGCCUGAGUCCACAGAAUCUGAACCCUUGAGCAAACCUAACCAUUCCGAUGUUAAUGUCCAAAGCGCGAGAACAGAGGAUCAUCCCUCAGAAAGAGAAACGAAUAUUUAACAAGAACCGCAUCUCUGAUUUCAGUGUUUAUGACUCUCCUAGGAGUAUUUCUUUUUUUCAAAAUAUUGGAAAGGUUUUUUAAGUGAAAUUUGGAGUCAUAAUUAAGGAUGGAGAUGAGAUUUUCCUCAAUGGCAAAUUUCAAAUGUUUGUGUUUUUUAAAACUUAUUUGGGCAGUUAACUGUUGAGAUGAUGCAUGCAAAGCAUCCACGCAAUGGAUUUAUUUCCAUACAUGACUCUGGUUGUGGUGGUUAAAAUAAUUUUAAAGUCUUCCAGUGAUUUCCAGUCUUGGUUAUGGGGACUGAAUCCCAAAUGCCUGGUUUAAGUAGUUAGAAGGAGUGUGUUUAAUCGUGUAGGAAUAUCCUUUCCACAUUUCAUUUGAUAUUAAAGUAUGAAAUGGAAUUGAGGGAAAAUGAAUUUUCGCCUCAUGCACCCACCCACCCACAUGCACACAGUCUCACAAACUUACGCACAUGCACACAGAGUAUCUGGAGAACAAAAGUUCCAAAAAAUAUUAUCACCCUACUUUUUUUUUUUACUUAAAAAAACAUCCAUGGGGAAAAAAAGAAAUGUAUUAUAUCUGCCUUCUAUUUUACAGCGUGGAUUUUAAAGAUAAGAACAUGGGUGAAAAUGAGGGUGACCUUAAUUUGAAAAUGCAACUAACUGCUGUAAAAAAAAGUGUUUGCAUUUAUAAAAUAAAUUUUAAAAGAACACUCCAUUUUAUACCAUUAUUUGAUUUGAUUCAUCCGUGUACAUGAUUUCUUUGAGAGCGGCCAUCAGUACCUGGUGCUAGAGAAUAGAACUCUCAAAUAAUUUUCAAAAUUCUGACCUAAUAUGUAAAUCAAAUUAGAAGCCUAAACAACUGCUAGCAGUGGGCUAUGUCCAUAGAUUUUAAAAAGAUUUUAGUUAGUAAUCCAGAAAGUCAUAACCAAGGACUUCUUUUAACCAGAACUCAAUCCAGACUCACUGUCCUACCGAGACAUCAAAGUCGAGUCCAACGGAAUCCUGGUUGACAGGUGUAUAAAUUGGCCGCAUUCUGAUUUCUCCCAGCACACAGCCAUGAUUGCAGGGUUACUGCUAAGCGUAAUCCAUUUGAAUAAACUACAAAUGGGAGGUGCUUAUAAUGAGACCUCCAAACUCUCUCCUUCCCUCCCUUCCCCAAAAAGCAAAAGCAAAAAACAGAAACCCAAACAGGCUUUUUACUCAGCCGCUGGAAAUGACUCAUAUUAUAGGAAUGGCAGCCCUUGAAAAUUUCGCCCUGUACUGAUUAGACUUCCUACUGCCUGUGAACAAAACUAAACCAAGAGAGUGUUGAAGAGGCUUCUAGAAUUGGAGGCUGUGUGUGACUUGGUAUACCCUUGUGAAGUGCAUGUACAGUUUAUAACACGAUAGCAGGAAGCUGGCCAUACUGCAGCCCAGGUUAACUUAGCAGUUUCUCAUUUUCAUAACUGUGAAAAGAUCUGGGAAUCUGAAUCACUCGCGUACAGAGACAUAUGAUAGCUCUGUGCAAUCAGAACUAUAAAUACCUCUUCGAGUGAUAAAGUACUUUUAAACAAGAAAGAAGAUGUGCGUUAUGGUUAAAGUUAUAAAUAUUUACAUCUAUAGAUCUGAAGUUUAAAUUAAGUUCGUGAUUAACAGAAAGCAUUUUGUACUUGAUGAUUGACGUGAUGUCACUCUUAAACUGUCAAAAGGAAUUUGCCCUGCAUUUUUUUUUUUUAUUGCAGUAGAAGCAGAUGCUCUUCUUCUUUCCUGUAAGUUUGCACCUGGAUACCAAGCUUUUGUGACAGUUAACAUUGAGGAUUUGAUUUGUAAAAUGUGUGCAUUGUUUAAGCAUGUGGCUCAUAGUUAGUAAGCUAUAUAAAAUUCCAUAUUUCAUUUAACAUUCGCUUUUUGCAUAUGAAGAGGUAUUUAUAUUUUUCAAAUAUAAGUAAAACGAUAUGUGCCAAUACCAUUGGUAAAUAAAUCAGGGAAGAUGUGGCAGUAUGUGGCUGUUUUUAAUUUAGUUUCACCCAAUCUUGAGUCUUGACUGAGCUACUUUUAUAUUAUUAGCACUUUUGUAUUCAACUCUGACUCGCCAUAAGAAAUGCGACAUCAUAAAUUGUGUAGUAGCUCUCCAAUCCUAAACAUUUCCAAAAAAAGUGUCUUGAAUUCUCUAAAGAUAUAUAUUUAAGCUAAUAUAGAUAUCAGACCCCCGGGGGAAAUAAACAGCAAAGUAAGGAGGGAGGGGUUUUAGGCCUAAGGCUGUAUAGUCCCUUAAUCACCUGCUGGUGAGACAGGCUGGUGGUGCCUUCCAGGGGCUCUCUCCAUGAAAGGAGGUUUAUUGACUUACCGAUGAGUUUCUUGUUAAGUCAAAACCAAUUUCUAUUUGUUCUAUUGUACUUUGGUCACCUGCAUCAACUUUGCAUUUCUAAUCCUGAUUCUAUUAAAUUGUUAAAAAAGAGAGGGAAGUCGAAGUUUGCGUGUUUGAAGCACAUGGUCUGUAGACCCACGUGCCUGGCAGUCACUCUGCAUCAAGUUACAAACAGGCACGCAAAUUAAGUCCCAAACGUAAAGGUUGAAAAUUAAAUCGGUACUCACUUGGAACAGGGACGUAACUCACAUACAGGAUUCGGAUUUGUUCGAGGGUAAAAUUAAUUUUCCUUCUUGUUCACUUUCCCCCUCCCUUGAACUUGUUGGAAUAUUUGUUGCUUUAACAGAAUCUUUCAAAGAUUGAAAAGAGAGUAUCAGCCUAGAGCAUUCAUUAUUAAAUAGUCACGUAAAUGGAGGAAGAAACAUAGUUGGCUUCUGUGUCUGCAACAAUUCGUGCAAAAUAUACUUCUUCCCCUAAGGAAGGACAGGUUUUAGAUGUUCAAGGUAUCAUCAAGCAAAGUCAGUACACCAUUAACAUCGUUUUUAGUCCCAUUUAAUCCCAUUCUCCAUUAUGGAAUUGUGCAGAAGGAAGCUUAUUAUAAACCAGAAUACCAAAAUAAUUCUUGCUCACUGGCUAGUUCAAGUACUUUUCUGUUUGUGAUAACUGAGUAUCCCUUAUUUUUCACGCUUUAACCUUAAAUAUGCCUUCACUAAUUUAUGAAUAGAAUAUUCAGUAUAGACUUGUCCUGACCUGUUCCCACCGUCUUUCCUGAUCCUUUUUGGAUCCAAUCAGCACACAUUUAAGAGGCAGUGGGUCAGACUCUAGGCUAUUUUACGUUGGAAAACAUGAUGUUUUCUUGAUGUAAAUCUACAUGGUUCGUAAGUUUCACUUCUUUAGUACCAGGUUCCAACCACGUCAUCUCAUGCCCCCCAACCCCCACUGGAUGCUAGGAAAUAAGUAAAAUAAUUAGGUUUGAUAUAUUUGAAUGUGCACUUUAAAAUCUAGGUAUUUUUUACUCAUCCUUCUCUGGCUGCUUAUGACAAUUGAGGAUACAGAAAAACGACCACAAGCUGUGUGAUAUAAAUGUAAGUUUUUAUAUUGAUGUUAUCAAAUAUAGAAAUAUCCUUAAUCAGUUAGUUGAAACUUAUUUUCCAUCUAAAAAUAUCUUUUUUUAAACAAAAACACUCUCUUAUGUAUAAUGUUGCAGACUUUUAAUAAAACAAAAUAAAAAAUCACGAUCAUUAGGCUCAAUGUAAUAGGGAGAAAGGAUGGAAAGUGGGAAGGGAACUAAUAUUUAUUUGUCACACAUUUUGCCUGCAUAAUACCUUUUAAUAAUCAAACCAAAUCAUGAGUAGAGGCUAUUGGCCUGAUAUAAUAGAUGAGUGAAACAAACAAACAAAAAAACAGACAAAGAAGUUCAGGAAAUUACCCAAAGUUAAAAGGUAGUAUGUGACAGAACCAGAACUAAAACUCAGGUUUGUCUAAAAGCAGAGAGAGCCCCUUAGGUGUUGCAUGCUGUCCCCUAAUAGAAGCUGUAGAAGCAAAUGUAGAUAAAAUAUAGAUACAAAAAAUUUAAACCCUGUAUGGUAAACCAAUUAGCUUUAACUGUAAUUUGUAUUAUAAUUUAUUUAGUGUUUAUUAGGAAUUGCAUUUGCAAUAAUCUGAAUAUAUAAUUCUAAGUUGCCUGCCUUUCUAGCCAAUGCAAAUUAUCCCAAAUAAUGGUAAUGAUUAUAUAAUAGCUGUAAUUGUUUUAAUGUGACUUUUUUCAUAAAAAUAAUGACAUAUU